AAGUCGGGCGAGCGGGGAGGGGGGAGGCGAUGUCGGCCUCGUUGCUGCGGCGCGGGCUGGAGCUGCUGGAGGCGCCGGGCCCGGGAAGGGCCCCGCCGGGCCUCCAGCAGGGGCGGGAUGGCCCCGGAGCGGCGGCUGGUGCGAGGCGGAGGAGGGCGGCGGACCCCCUCAGAAACAAGGCCACGGUCAAGGGCAGAGUCGUGAAGUCGGCAAUAGAGGAGUAUCACAAGAAGAAGCCCGUGGAUCACUUGAGAACAAACCUGCAGUACAUGUUGAAGGGACGAGUUGUUGCAAACAAAGCCAUCACAGAACAAGUACUUGCUCAGAACAGAGGCAGGAAGUCCAAAGAUCAGCCUCCGAAGAAGGCAGCAAAGAAGAAGCCCGAGGGCACUGUCUUUACUGAGGAAGAUUUCCGUAAAUUUGAGAGAGAGUACUUUGGGAGACCAUGAACAACAUGACUGGGGUUCUCACAGCUCCAGUCCUGCAGCUGAGUGCUCAGCACACAGGACUGGCCAUUUCCUCGGUGUGCUUGACAUGAGACAAAGGAGACGUGUCUCUGGCAGCAAGGGUUCUGAUGUCACACUUGCAGAGAAACUCCUCAUCUCUGCAAAAUGUGUUAUGGCGAGCUAGAGCCAUGGAGGUUCUCUUGGCUCUAAGAUACAUUGUCUUUAUAAUCUUCAGCCAACAUGUCUUGCAUUCUUAAUGUAGAAGGGUGGACCAAGCCAAAUUUGCACCUUGUUCCCCUUCCUCAGGAUGUAAGGCUUCUGGUGCCUGAGUUACUUGGCAGGGAGCUUUAAAGUACAGUAUCUGAAUGGAGAAAUGUUUUGGACUGGGAGUAACAAAAUCAUCAGAAGGGAAGGAUGCUUUGAAAGACACUUAAACUGGAGUAGCCCAGCAGUUUCUGUUGUUAUUACAGCCUCUGUCAGGUUUUUCAGUCAUUGCAAAAACUUUGUAUAUGUCUUUUGAUUAAAUAAUUGUUGCAAA